AUGACCUCCUAUGACCGUCAUGCCUCUCACGAUUCCCCCUAUCGCACUGGUCGACACGUCCCCCUGAGCCAAAGUCGCCAUCAACCUCUCACCUCCAUUGCUACCAGCGCGAUCGAGUCCCGCCCCGAUCUCUCCAGCCCCUACCACGACGAGCCAACCAAGGGCUUGGCAUCUGCACAAGCCACCGAAUGGAACGGCUCUCCAACCGAAGUGGGCUCGCCCAACCGCCCCUAUUCCCCGGGUAUGCGAUCGCUUGCCUCUCAAAAACGCGGUUCCAACGAGCAGGCCGAUGGACCGGCGGAGAUCCAGAUGCAAAGCUUCCAUGACGGCGCGCCCCUCCGCCCCCGGUCGCUCACUCCUGGCGCAAGAUUGAGCGGUGGGUGCACGCAAAACGACAUUAAUGAAUUGGAACACGAGUUGGAUUGCACUCUGCCCUUGGAGUUGCGCGAGUCGUUGAUGAUUCACGAUGGCCAGGAGCGGCCCGGUCUGCCCACGGGUGUUCUUUUUAGCUCCAUGCUACUGGAUUGCGAGGAGAUUGUGCAGGAGCGGAGGAACUGGAAGACUGUCAAUGAGGAAUUUUUGAGCCACAAUGCUCCCAUUUCUGCGCCGAUUUCUAGCUCUGCCGCAAGCUCGUCCUCGGCUGCUGCCCAGCAACAAAGCAACCCAGGGGCGUGGCGCAAUGAACUGCUCGAGCGCCAGGACUCUCAACCACCGGGCGCCGUGCAAAAGGCAUAUGCCCACCCCGGCUGGAUCCCAGUCGCUCGCGACUGGGGCGGCAACCACAUCGCCAUUGAUUUGGCACCCGGACCUGCAGGCAAAUGGGGCCAGGUGAUCAUCUUUGGCCGUGACUACGACUGCAAAUACGUCAUUGCGCGGUCGUGGGCGGGCUUCUUGGCCAUCUUCGCGGAAGAUCUGUGCAGCGGCAAGACCUUUAUCAACGAGGAGACCAACGAGAUGAAGCUGAGGGAGUUCAAGUCGCAAAAUGUCGAGCCACCAUAUCUGGAGAUCUUGCGCUGGCGGACAGACCAGAAGUACGGACGUCGGGCGCCGCGCCGACGUGGUCCCAACGGUGUGGGUGUUAAUGCGAACGGCAAAUCCAGCAGUCGGGAUUCGCCAUAUGGUAGCCCAACUCGGGCCGAGGAGCGCGGCCGCUCGCCGCAUCGGUUCUCCAAGGGCUCGACGCAAAGCCCCAAGACGACAUUCGGUGUGUCCAGCCCUCUGGCUCGUGUGACGGAGGAAAUCUCGAGUCCCGCUGCCACUGCUGGUCCAACGAUCUCGGAGGAUUCCCGGGAGCACAGCAAGGAAGCAGAGCAGACGGAAGACUUGAUGGAGGUUGCUACACCGCAGAUCUCCAACAAGGAGAACGAGGGAUUCCCUGAGAAGACGAGCGAGACGAAGCUGCCUGAGAGUGAGAAGAGCGAAAAGAGUGACGGGACUGCGGAACCCUCGAGUGCCAUUGAUUCGGAGGUUCUUGGAGAGAUGAAGAACGUGGCCAUUUAG